UGUCACUACAAAAAUGGAUUAAUCCUGUAGAUAUUAUCAACAUUAAAAAUUAAUAGAUUUUCAUGUAUAUGUGUUUGUUCUUGUAUAGUUGUGAUUUCUAUUUUAUAUUAUGAGCCAACCUCCAAGAGCAAAUGUUGACUCCUAUGGGUUCGAAUGGCCAAAGGAUUUUAAUCAUGAACAGUAUGAUGAAUUUAUGUCCAAAUACAUAACCGUCUUGAGUCGUCGAGCCAAAAAAUGGGAUAUAUUACUGAAUUCCAAAGAAGGAUUCCGCAAAAGUAACAAAGUUAAAAGAUAUGUUCGAAAAGGAAUCCCUAGCAGUCACAGAGGAACGGUUUGGUCAUUGAUUAGUGGUGCUAAAGAGCUCAAAGACCAGCAACCCGAUCUCUAUACAACUAUUUUAAAACGACCCUUAAAGCAAGAAAUUAUUGAAACUAUUGAUCUCGAUAUUCCUCGUACAUUUCCAGAUAAUAUUUAUUUCAAGACUGCAUCUCCAGAUUCUAAACGUGAAUCUUUAAAAAAUGUUUUGCUGGCAUUUGCUCAUCAAAAUCUGCACAUUGGUUAUUGCCAAGGUCUGAAUUUUAUUGCAGGGAUAAUGCUGCUAGUCACUGAUAGUGAAGACAUGACAUUUUGGUUGUUACAAAGCCUUGUAGAAAAGAUUCUUCCUGAUUUUUACACCAAAGAAAUGACUGGACUUUUAACUGAUAUAGGAGUUCUUGAAGAACUUAUCAAAGCUAAAGUUCCUCAAGUCCAUGAACGCAUGGUACAAACAGGAGUGUCUUGGUCUAUGUAUGUUAGCAAAUGGUUUAUAUGCUUAUUUGCUGAAGUUCUACCAAUUGAAACAGUUUUGCGUAUUUGGGACUGUUUGUUUUAUGAAGGCUCGAAGAUUUUACUUAGGGUAGCUGUCACCCUUGUUAUAAAAAAUCAAGACAAAAUAUUAGCAGCCAAAAACUUUGUUGAAAUAACCGAAGUUUUCAAAUCUCUUCCACUUGGUGCUACUGUUACUGAAUGUCAUACUUUUAUGCAAGCUAUAUUCCGAGUUCCAGGAUCAUUUCCAAGAGCUCACAUUACAAAAUUAAGGGAAUACUGCCGAGAGAAGGUGGAGAAAGAAAAAGCUCACACUAAAGUCCUCCAAGAACAGCAGAAACAACGACAGCUUGAGGAAAAGAAAGCAAGAGAAGCUGCUCUUGAACUAAAAAGGCAGAAUGAAGAAAAAGAAGCAGCUUUGAAGGCUGAGCAAGAUAAAUUGGCUAUGGAAAAUGAUGUUGGAAAGCUGUUGCCUUGUGAUGAUGAAAAAUUAAUGCCUGAGGGAACUGAUUCCAAAGUUCAAAUAGAUGAGAUUAAAAAGGAUGAUGAGCCUCCUGAAGGAAACACUACAUUAGCUGAAGUGAACGAAACUCCAAAACCAGCUGUGAUAGAGUCUUUCAGCACAGAGUCCAUAAAACAAGUAGCUAAUGGCAAACAAACGAGUCCUCUGAAUCAUGAAGGACGAUCUAAAUCACCUUCUAAAGUUAGUCCAUAAAUGCAUUUCUAAGUCAUAUUUAGAAAUACAAAAUAAUAUAGCAAUAACUGUUGUAGAUAUCUAGUCUGCAAUAUGACUUAGGAACAACCACUGCAUUAUCCUAGGCUUUUAAAGAAAUGGCCUUACUGUUUAUUAGCAUUACACUAUUUGAAACUUAUGCACUUAAACUUUGUUGAUCUUCAAACUAAUUUUGUUAUUGUUGAGCAAUGAAAAGUACUUCUGUAUUUUAGUACAUAUGCAAAUGAACUCACAAUUCAUCACAUUGUACAUAAAUCUUUAAGGUAGUUGCAAAUAAUUUUAAAAAUUCCUUUUGGUAGGUAUUUUUCACAUUUCCUGCCAAAGCUUUGACAUUAAUGGAUAUUUUACAAUUAACUUGUUGGCUGUUACUAGUUGCCUGUUUGAGUGUUAUAAAAUGUCUGUUGUUGAAUAUUUUUUUUUCCUACAGUUCCACAGGAUGAAAAUGCAUUGUCAAACCAAUUGAAAUUUUACUAGUUUGUGAUAAUUUUAAUCAAUUCUAUGAAAUAGUGAUCCAUUUAUAUGUAUAUAUAUAUAUAUAAUUUUUAAACUAUUUUAAAUAUUUAUGUGCAGGUUUCAGAGUUGUUUCAGGUUACAAAUGUAAGUAGUGUCGUGACUUUUAUUAAUUGUCCAUUAAAUUAACUUUUAUGAAAUUUAUUAAAAUGUCCAUUAAAAGAGAAUUUUAAAUUUCUGAAUUUCUUUUUAAUUAAAAUUAUACAUAAUAUUUAUUAUAUGCAUGAUAUUUUCUAUUACUAGAGUAUUUUCCAAACUUGUUAAAUGUUAUUGGUUUCAUAACUAUUUAUCAUAUAUAUUAUCCUAAAAUAUUUAACUUAAUUUUUUAUGUAUAUUGUUUUGUUUUCCACCUUGCAAUCUGCUUAUCUCCCUUUAUAUACAAUAGAAAUUUUUAAUGUGCUAGAAUAUAGAAGAAAAAAUUCUCCCAGAAUAAUGCACUUUUUUGAUAUUGUAACUUUUUAAUAAAAUUUUUGUAAUAUUCUUAUAACAAAAAUGAACAGCAAAUUAUUAGGCGCCAUGUGAAAAAUUAAAAUUUAUUUCAUUAAAUUUGAAAUUAUACUAGAAUUGAGCUAUUUGUAGACUGAUCAUUUUAAAGUUUAAGUAGUUUGAAAUUUUUGCCUAGAUAUGAGUUCUGAAAAUUGUACUUUUCUAUUAGUUCAAUUUUAAAUUUGCUAUAGUUCUUAUAUUGAUUACUAUUUAUAAUUUUAAAAUUAUAUAUGAGGGACCUUAGAUACCCAAUCUCAUGUCAAACAAUGUAUAAAAGUUAUAGUAUAUAAUUAAACAAUUAACAAUGAUUUUCAAAAAUUAAAACACGUUUUCAUAAAUAAAAUUAUUUAAGUACAUAUCUUUUAUUACAAACAUUUCGACUAAAAAUUAUUUAAAUGCUUAUUUACAUUUCCAAUAUCAUAGCAUAUUGAAACUGUACAUGUAGGAUCCACAUUACUUUAGAAUUUAUUCUAAACAAUGAAUAAAUAUUUGCUAACAUAUAU